ACUUCGGUUAGGCAUCUUGAUGUCAUUUGUGAAAACUGUCAAACUUUCCGUUUCCGUUCCGCUACCGCCCACAUUGCGCUUGGGCCUUCAGAGAUCAGACACAUACCCAAACAAGCCACCCUCACCACGUGCUUGAUUUCUACUGCAAACCUAACAACGGUCGUUUUGGUACUCUCAUAGUAACCAAUUUAUUCGAAGUAAACAAAUCAAUGCAAUAUUUAACAAUGGUUUUCAAUGUUCGUCGGCAAAUUUGCUAAUACCAGAGCUUAUUAAUUUUGGAUAACUUAAUGGCUCAACUAAACUGUCCACCGUGUACCCCUUGUGCUGCCGUGUGUAUCGACCAUCAACCUACGCAAACGUGUGAAGAAAUAAGGAAAAAGCUUCCGAAGGGUCGACAAUAUCUAUACAAGCUCCAAGAAAUUAGUAAAAGGACUAGGGCUGUUCGAUGGGGACAUGAAACAUCCUAUGACAAUCCGUUCCACGUUCACAAAGAUCCUCCGCCACCAUGCCCCGAAAACAUGGAACUUAAGACGAAUCCGGUAGGUUUGCCUGCCAGCGACCCACCCUGUUAUCUUCCCCAGCGAGAUGGAAACUCCGACGUGCAUCCUCUGGCCCGACCGAUGGGCCCUAUCGGUCCCUGGGCAACGGGCCGAAUCGAUUGGGGAGCCUUGUCUGGGCAAACUGGAACACGUCCCGUCGUGGAUCGAUAUUCUAUCACUCGCUACAGCGUGGACGAAUGGCGUCAAAGAAAUGCCGAUACGAUUGACGCUUCCGCCAGUACGGCCAUCAAGAGUGAAAAGAUCGAACGCGAUAGCAAAAACACGAUCAUCCGGACAUAUGCCAUUACGGAUAAGAACCAAGCGAACUGUACCGAAAGUCUGCAUGCAAGGGCCAAAACAAUUGACGACAUGAAAAGCGAACUGGAACGGGCCAUCAAAGCAAUGCAAGAUGAGAUUAGUACCCUGGAGGAGCAACGGAGAAGACUCAAGCAAUCUUUGGCCGUAUUGCGCAUGCCGGAAGCAAUAGCAAGCGAAUGUCUGGAUCGUAGAACGGGUCGUCCUGAUACGGAGCUCAUUCGCGAUAGGCCAGAAGAGGAACUCAUCCGUGAGGUAUCACUGAUUGCAGAAAUUCGGGCAAUAUUGCUUAAGACCCUCUCAGAGAUUGAAGCCCAACAGGUUCAAAACCGUGCUGCUCGUCAAAGAAUGGAAUUUGAUUGGAGUGACAAGAAGCUGGCCCAUGAAAACGAUGCCAUCAAUUGUAACUUGACCAACAAAUCUACGAUUACGUUAUUUCGACCCGGUGCAACACGAUGUCCUAACGAGCAAUCAACGGAAAUCUACUGGGAAAAGUUUAGCAAGGAAACUUUGGCGAUGUGUACUACUUGUAGGAAGCAAUCGGAGCAACUGCGAGGAACAUUGGAUGCCAUUCUGACGAAUGCAGCCCGCGAUCUUCGUUCUCAAGCGGACAGCGUCGAGCGGGCCCUGGCAGACCGCAUCAAUUGCAUGGAAGAAGUUCGUCAAAAGCUGGAAAUCGAUCUCAGAUCGACACUUCAGCACCUGGCUGAUACGGAGAUUCAAAUUGAAAAACUGAAAAUUGCCAUCCGAAACAUGGACCACUCAAUGAAGGUUGUUCAAACUCGUUUAGAUAAUCGCAACCAGAGGCCACGAGUGGAAAACUGUCGGGAUCAGUCGCAAGCUCUGCUAAUUGCCGAAGUUAGGUCAAUCGAGGAAGGACUUUCCGCAAUGAAUGCCCAACUUAAGCAAGAGGAAGAAGUGAAAAAUGAACUAAUCAUACGCCGAAGCGAGCUGGAAAAGGAAAUCAUGAUGAAACGUCGAACCAUUGCAAUCGAUCGAGACCGCUGCCAGCAAUUGAGAACCCAUUUUCCCUCUGCUACUGCACUUAGUGGCUAUUGAAAUUACGAGUUGACGAACAUGAUUUUAUUACUCACUUAUCAGUAAAUUAAUAUAUGACACCGAUCCUUUUCUGAGCGUUGAUAACACU